ACAACGUUGUGACCCCGGAAGCGAUCGUGGGGUCAGGGCGUCAAGAUGGCGGCGCGCGCGGCGUGUGCGGCUGUGUGCCGGCGCCUGGGGCAGGAGUUGGGGAGUUUGUCUGUAAAUGGUUCUAAGAGCAGUACAGCCCAAGCUGGUGGCCUCCUGCUCAGCUCCAGUGUGAAGCGGGCUCCGUCGUCAAGCCUGCACAUCGAUGUUCCAAAGGAUCUGAUCAAACCCACGAUAACAACUUCCGAUGAACCGGACACAUUGUAUAAACGCCUGUCCAUUUUAGUGAAAGCCCAUGACAAGGCUGUAUUAGACAGUUAUGAGUAUUUUGCCGUGCUUGCUGCUAAAGAACUUGGCAUUUCUAUUGAUGUACAUGAGCCGCCCAGGAAGAUGGAGCGGCUCACUCUUCUCAAGUCGGUGCACAUUUUCAAGAAGCACAGGGUUCAGUAUGAGAUGAGGACACUCUACAGGCGCUUCGAGUUAAAGCACUUGACCGGAUGCACAGCCAAUGUCUACUUGGAAUAUAUCCAGAGAAACUUACCCGAAGGGGUUGCCAUGGAAGUAACAAAGACACAGAUACAGCAGUUGCCAGAACACAUCAAGGAGCCCAUGUGGGAAGCGCUCACCAAGGAAGAAGACAGCAAGUCGUAGCCCUGGGUGCCACCUGUGCUGGCGUCUGAACUAGCAGGCCUGGUGUGAGAGCUCCAGCUGAGGGAGGCCAAGGCUGCCUGACCUGCUCUGUGGAGUCAUCACACCCUGAGCAGCACGUGGAGCCUGCGCGGGAGGCUUGGUCUCGGAGGAACCAUUGCAGCUGCUCCUUUCUACCUGAUACUGCUUGUGUUCUGGUUCGAACACACGUUAACAGACUUCUGUAUAACCUGAUAUAAAAGAUCCAGAUUGAAAUACUGCCGCUGACCUAUUAGCUUAUGCUAAUUUUAUUGUUUUAUUCAUUCAUUCAUUCAUUUUUAUUUCUUGAGCUCACAAAGAUCCUUCUGCAGCUGCCUCCCAAAUGCAGGGAUUAAAGUCAUGUACCAACA